UCCUUUAUUUUCCAAAACAAAUCAAUGGGUUCGUGAGAGGGAAUUACGUAGAUUAGAUAAGAAGGAUCAAAGUCCAGAACCAAUCAGAGCCGUCGGUUUCUCUGACCAUUCCAUCAAGUUCAAUCUUCCGCACCCAUUUCAAAUACCCUUGUUUGAAAUCCGAGAUGAUUUGAGAAUAAAUUAUUUGUUCUUAUUUUUUUCUUUCAUUCCUAUUGUUGGAAGAAUCCAUAAAUUGAGAAAUCUUUGAUUUCUGGUUCAUCGUGUAAUCGAUCGAGGAAGAGGGGUUUUGAGGAAUGCGUGUAGAGGAUGACGAUGAUCUUGAAACGAGGGAUUCAAGAUCGCUUCCGAUUUCACCGCCGGCGUACAAUUGGCUGACGAAUUUCCAUCGCGAUUUGUUGGCUGGGGCAGUCAUGGGCGGAGUAGUGCACACAAUCGUUGCCCCAAUUGAGAGGACCAAGCUUCUUUUACAGACUCAAGAGAGCAAUCUGGCCAUUGUUGCGGCUGGGCGAAGGAGAUUCAAGGGUAUGUUCGAUUGUAUUCUUCGCACCGUUAGGGAAGAAGGUAUUCUUUCUUUGUGGAGAGGCAAUGGAAGUAGUGUUCUUCGUUAUUACCCUUCAGUUGCCCUAAAUUUUUCUCUCAAGGAUCUAUAUAAAGCAAUGUUAAGGAAUGGAUUUGUAGAUGGUCAUUUUCUUUCUGGUUCAUCAGCCAAUUUUAUUGCUGGGGCAGCUGCUGGUUGUUCGACGUUAGUUUUGAUAUACCCUUUAGAUAUUGCGCACACUCGUCUCGCUGCCGAUAUCGGAAGAACUGAUGUCCGACAGUUUCGAGGCAUCUGCCAUUUCCUUGGUACCAUAUACAAAAAGGAUGGGAUUCAAGGGAUUUACAGGGGACUUCCAGCCUCUCUACAAGGAAUGGUCGUGCACCGAGGCCUUUAUUUUGGCGGUUUCGACACGAUGAAAGAGAUUUUGGUCGAACCGUCCAAAUCAGAGUUGGCACUAUGGAAGCGAUGGGGGGUCGCUCAAGUGGUCACAACGUCUGCUGGAUUGUUAUCGUAUCCGUUCGAUACAGUUCGAAGGCGGAUGAUGAUGCAAUCUGGGUUGGAGACGCCAAUGUACAACAGCACUCUGGACUGCUGGAAGAAGAUCUAUCGAUUGGAGGGGGUUAGCUCGUUCUAUCGAGGCGCUGUGUCGAACAUGUUCAGGAGUACAGGUUCCGCAGCAAUCCUAGUUUUGUACGACGAGGUGAAGAAAUUCAUGAAAUGGGGUGGGUUGUAGUAUGUUAUAGUCUUUAGAAAUUAGCAAAAUUCUUGUAGAGUGAGUUCGGGAACGAGCUUACGCUCGAUAUCGUCGUGUAGAGUGUUCCUAAGCCAUUCAUUUGCCUCGUUGUGUCUCGAGUCAAUCACACGAACGAGGAUAACACAAGAUCAACAACAGAAAAACAGUAAUACAAGAAGAGAUUCUGAUAUAGAAGGAAAGUAACUUGGUUUCCUGUUUCAUCUC